UCCAUAGAGAUUAUAUAUAAUGGGAUACAGCGGAAACACCAGUGCGAAUGCGAGCCCUCCCUCCUCCUCCUCCUCGCCUCCCUCAUCUCCGCCCGUCGUUCUCAGCCCCUGUGCCGCCUGCAAGAUCCUCCGCCGCCGCUGCGUCGAUAAAUGCGUCUUGGCCCCUUACUUCCCGCCCACGGACCCCCUCAAAUUCACCAUUGCUCAUCGUGUUUUUGGCGCUAGCAACAUUAUUAAGCUGUUGCAGGAACUCCCUGAGGAUCAAAGAGCGGAUGCUGUGAACAGCAUGGUUUACGAGGCGAACGCGAGGCUGAGGGACCCGGUCUAUGGCUGCGCGGGGGUGAUCUGCCACCUGCAAAAGCAGAUCAAUGAGCUUCAAGCCGAGCUAGCCAAAGCUCAGGCUGAGGUCAUGAACAUGCAAUGCCAGAAUUCCAACUUGUUCGAGCUCAUUUGCAAGCAAAUGUCGUCUGCGAAAAAUGAGGAGGAAAAUCUGCAGCCGUUUCGCGACAAUUCGGCUUUCCUUUUGGAUGAGAGGGUUUUGGGCGUGGCUUGGGAGCCUCUAUGGACAUGAUGUUUC